AUGUCGUAUUACGACGACCGUCGAUAUCACUCACCCCGCGACCGCUAUGCGCGCCCAGUGAGCUACGCUGAUCCGUACGAUGAUCCUCGCCGCUAUGCAAGGCACGACCGAGACUAUGUACCCCGCAGAAGCGAUGACUCAUUUGUCGAAGAAGUCCAGCGUGAAUACCCACCUGGCUCCGACUAUGGUUAUGAGCGUCGGUACACUCGACGCCCGGCGCGACCAGUCCAAGAGACAGUGCGUCGCGCAUCCUCGGUCAGCGGCUACGAUCACUACGACACACGCUCCCGUCCUCGUCGAACAAAGCAUUACGAGGAACGACGCUCUCGUCGCCCCAGAUAUGACUCUGAUUCUUCUCCAAGCCGCUCCCCACCCCGCCCCAGACGCAAGAAGUCCUUUAGCGAGCAAGCCCUAGGCGCCUUAGGCCUAGGCGGUGCUGCUGCAGCGUCUGGUCACAGCAGCCGUGGUCGCGACCGCUCUCGACACCAUCGCCAUAGAUCCUACUCUCGAUCGCCAUCGGACUCACGCAGCCGCAGUCGCCAUCGUGGCAGUGGCCGCGAUAAGAGCCAGCAGCGCAUAGUCCAAGCUGCCCGUGCCGCCCUGACAGCCGGCGCAGUCGAGGCCUUCAAGCAACGCAAAGAGCCCGGAGAAUGGGCUGGCACGAAGGGAAAGCGCGUCCUCACUGCCGCAGUCACUGCAGGCGGUACCGAUGGUCUUGUCGACAAAGAUCCCAACAAGCAUGGAACACGCCACGUUGUGGAGUCGACUCUUGCUGGUCUGGCCGCUAGUCAUUUCAUGGGCGGCGGCUCACGCUCCCAUUCCCGUGGCCGGAACUCGGCUGGCAAUGGUCUGAAGAACCUUGCUGCCACUGGUGCCAUUACCGCUGCCGGAAAGGAAAUCUUUGACCGGGUCUCGCGAUCUCGGUCUCGACCCCGUGGUCGUGAUGAUUCACGCGGUCGUCAUGGUUCCCGCAGCGAUGAUGAGCGUGGGUCCUCGAAGCGAAGCAAGAGCGUUCAGGACUACAUCACCAAGGGAAUGGCAGCCCUCGGACUAGGCGAGCAAGGGGAUCGUCGUGAAGACAGCAGAGAUCAUCGGAGCAGAGACAGCAGAGAUCAUCGACGAGAGCACCGGGACUACCGAGAGAGCCGGGGAUACGGAAGAGACGAUGAUCGGCGCCAUCGCCGACGAUAUGACGACUCGGGUUCAGAUUCGGAAAGUGAUUAUUACAGCAGGGACUCACGACGAGGCAAAGGCUCGAGAGAUGUAGGUCGAACGCGUUCACUGAACGGCGGACAAGAUCCCCCCUAUGCAUCGGCGCGCAGUGCGCCAACCAGUGCUCCACGCGAUGCGACGCCCCGUGGCCACUCAAACUCCGAGAGUGAUUCUGACUUAGGCGACAGUUCUGACGAGAAAAAAAAACAAAAGAAGUUGAAGCGUGAUCUUCUGGUGACGAGUGGCUUGGCUAGUGUUGCGACUAUCCACGCCGCCCAUGGUCUCUAUGGAAGUGUGGAGAAGAGAAAGCAGCGCAUGCAGCAGUUGAAGGAGGGCGAGAUCUCACCUGACGAAGCUCGCAAACGUCGUAUCAAAGCUAACACCAUGGACGCCGUGAGUAUCGGUCUUGCGGCGCUUGGUAUCAAGGGUGCCUACGGAGAAUGGAAGGAGGUGAAUGAGAAACGCAAGGAAAACACACAUUUCCACGAUGAGUGUGUUCAUCGUGCUGUGAAGCGGGAGAUGCGUCGUGCCAAGAGCCAAAGUACGCCGGGAAGAAGUCGAUGGCCUGACGAGAUCGAAUAUGCUCCGUCUUCGAAUGAUUCCUGGAAGGAAUACACCCCGAUUUACAAUGAUGGGAAUCCCUACACGGCUCAUGAGGCGCCGCAGAUUUCUUACUAG